AUGCUAAGGCACAGCCAGCUGGGGGCCCGAGGCUCCCAGCUGACACUGCUCCUUCUUGCCAUCUCUGUUUUCCUGGGGCCAAGCCAGUCCCGGAACACCAAAGGCAAAAGGAAGGGGCAAGGCAGGCCUGGCCCCUUGGCCCCUGGGCCUCACCAGGUGCCACUGGACCUGGUGUCUCGAGUAAAGCCCUACGCUCGCAUGGAAGAGUAUGAGAGGAACCUUGGAGAGAUGGUGGCCCAGCUGAGGAACAGCUCUGAGCCUGCCAAGAGAAAAUGCGAAGUCAACCUGCAGCUGUGGCUGUCCAACAAGAGAAGCCUGUCUCCUUGGGGCUACAGCAUCAACCACGACCCCAGCCGCAUCCCUGCGGACUUGCCCGAGGCGCGUUGUCUAUGUCUGGGCUGCGUGAACCCCUUCACCAUGCAGGAGGACCGCAGCAUGGUGAGCGUGCCGGUGUUCAGCCAGGUGCCUGUGCGCCGCCGUCUCUGUCCGCCACCUCCGCGCCCCGGGCCCUGCCGUCAGCGCGUCGUCAUGGAAACCAUCGCUGUGGGUUGCACCUGCAUCUUCUGAGCCACCAACCCAACCCGCUGGCCAAUGCAACCCCUCCCUCCCUGCACCCACUGUGACCCUUAAGGCAGAUCAAC